AUGGCCGAUCGUCUCCUUGUCCCCUCUGAUACGCUAGUAGCCUGCUCAUUCCUCCGCCUUCUCAAACUUCUGCUUUCCAACAGGGCUUGCUCGCCCUCUUCACAGUCACACUACUCAUCAUGCCGCAAGCGCGAACAACCGUCGUCUCAACCCUACUGCAGUUCUACUCCCUCCACUGAUCCACCACAUUCCUCAUCAAGGUUCCCGGUGGCAGCUGCAGAGCAAUCCCAAAAUCUCCCAAAUAUCCCUCACUCAGUCAGCAAGAAUCCCUUUUCAUCCUCAUUCAAGUCUGGUGAGGCGUUUCUGCGCCGGCACCAACUAUCUGUUGUCUCGGCUUUGUAUACGCAUGGUUUUCACGACCGAGCAGCUCGAUUAUUGGCCUGCCUUGCUUCUGAUUUUCGGAGUUCGAACAGUCUGCAGUCAAAAGUAGGCAUAGGAAAUGGGGUGAGGGCACAUGACGAUGAUGAGAUUAGAGCAACAGGAGAAAGAAGAAAUGUUCACCAAACCAAACAAUCUCGGGCAGAUGAAAAGGCAAUAGUAGAGACUUCGGAUCUCUUAUCGUCUCCCCUAGCCUUUGACCUCAUUAAUUAUCUGUUGCACAUUUUCCUCCUACUCCUCUCCGAAUGGCCUACCGAAACUCAACUUUGUCAACUGGUUCUGCAAGCCCGGCUGCCCUUUAGCCUGGCCCUAGUCAUCAUUCGACUGUCUUCACUAGUCCUGCCUGCCUGUGUCUCCUCCAUUCAGAAAGUUGUUAUCCGUGGAGUCGAUCCUGCAGCUGAGUUGGCAUCAGGCCGGGGAGAUUACUACAAUACGGCUAUCUCCUCAGCUUGUACCAACACUCCUUCGUCAUCCCCUUCGCAUCCAUCUUCUAAAGCCAUCAAUCCGGACUGUGCAAGGUCCAAGAUCGCUCUCGCCUCCAUUCCAACUCCUUUUGAUUGGUCGAAAGCUCCUCAGGUGUGCCGAGAGGUGGACUGUUUGGAAGCGAGCCUGGACUGUUUGAAUCGGCUCUUGGCCUUCAUUACGGAAACUGUACGGCGUGCCUUGCUUGUACGCCGGACAACGCCGACGGAGGCUAUCAACUCAGACACCUCCAAAGAUCUCACUAGCCUGGCUGAGCAGAGGCCAGCUAUGAAUGUGUCUCAUCCCGCCUCAUACUCUGAGACCGUCUUCCAAUCGCAUUCACGUCAACCGCCUAUGAACUAUACCAUUGGACCUACCACACUGCUCGGCAGCAAUCAGAAGUUUACACACACCCGCUCACACACUUUCACAAAUCACGCAGUGACGAAUGCACCUGAACCCGUGCGCCACCCUUACCUGCCCCUCUCACUUGUACUUUAUAUUAUGCCACAGUUUUCUCUUGCCAAGUCUUUUAUCAGUACAUUGUAG